AUGAGCCAGACGCCGUCGCUGCUCGACGACGGGAACCUCUGCGGCGCGACGCUGCUGUCGCUCGUCGCGUCGGGCAGCGCGUUGAUCGCGGAGCUGCUGCGCCUCGCGCAGGCGAUCCCGCCCGUGUUCCUGGACGCCGAGGAGCGGGCGCGGCGCGGCGCGGCGCUGCUCACGGCGGAGGAGGCGUCCUUCGAGGCCGUGCUCUUCGACUUCGCCUACCUCAAGGAGCCCGAGGACUUUGAGAAUAGGGUGAACUCGAGCGACGGCCUCCUCGACGUCGACAACGAGUUCCUGGAGACGCACGGCGCCUUCGCGAAGCGGUUCUACGCGCUCAUGGAGUCGACGGUCAAGUACUGGCGGGACGUGCACGGCUUCCUCGAGCGGCUCGGCAGCGGCUACUUCAUCGCGCACUCGGUGGACAACGUGCUCGAGGACGUUGACGGCAAGCAGCUCCUCUGCGAGGCCUAUUUUCUCUACGGGACGUUGCUCGUCCUGCUCGACGCCAAGGUCCCCGGCGUCGUGCGCGAGCGCUUGGUCAUCGCCUGCUACCGCCUCGAGGGCGAGUCGACGAUGGAGGCCGUCGACGACGUCUGCCGGCUCGCGCGGUCCACGGGCUACCGGAGCGGCGGCCGGCGGCCGAAGAACUACCCCGAGGCCUUCUUCAACCGCUUCCGGACCGACGCGACGGCGAGCGCGGCGAAGUUGGUGAUCCAGCGGCUCAUGAGCGACGACGUCUACCUCCAGUCGGCCGCGUUUCCGGCGCCGGAGCACCGGUCCGUGCGCCUCGCGUCGCAGGCGUCCAUGCUCUACGUCAUCCUGUAUUUCGACGCCGACACGUUGAAGGGCCGCACGGCGGCCAUGCGCGAGGUCGUCGACAAGCACUUUUCGGACAACUGGGUCGUGCCCGUCUACAUGGGCCACGUCGUCGACCUGAGCGUCGAGUGGGCGGGCUACGGCGCGGCGGCCGCGGCUUUACGGAACGUGCUCACGGACGGCGCCGUGGGUCGUUUGGUGGCGUCCAACGACGCGCUCGUGCACCGCCAGAUCAAGGAGCUCGACGGCUUUUUGACGGAGGGCCAGCUCACGGAGCAGCACCUGUUGGACCACAUGCGCGCGCUCUUGGACUGCGCGCGGCGGUCGAACGCGGCGCUCCGCUGGCGCCUGCUCCACCGGCGCUGCGCCCACGACGGCUGGCGCUCGAAGAUCGCCGCCAAGGCCGGCAGCCCGGGCGACGCCGAGGCGCUCAUGACGUUAUUAUUGAAAGCGUCGCAGCUCGAGUACAAGCUCAAGCAGAUGUUCCAGAGCCUGCUCGACAGCAAGCCCGCGAAGUGGGCCUUCUGCAAGCAGCAGGUCAUCGACCGCAUGACGGAGCUCAGCGAGUACUUCACGGGCGAGAAGGCUCUCGCGCGCGUCGCGCGCGACGAGAAUUUGAUGAAGUGGUUCGGGGCCCUGGCGGGCGAGAUGGCGCGGUUGGACGACGACGAGGCGCACGCGACGAUGAUGGGCCGGAAGAUCCAGACGCUCGUGGGCGCUUUGGAGGAGGUGGAGCAGUUCGAGCAGGUCGACACGAACCUGCAGAUCAAGGCCUUCCUUGCGGACACGCGCGAGUUCCUGCUGCAGAUGGUGCGCAUCACGAACGUGCAGCACUCGGUGAUGCACGUCAUCGAAUCCGUGUCGGACCUGUCCUACGCCUUCGACAUUCUCGGGGACUACGUGCCCAUCCUCCACGACCGCGUGCGCGGGGACCCGCGGACGGCGGUGCUGCUGCGGGCGACGUUCCUCAAGCUCGCGUCGAUCCUCGACGUGCCCCUGAUCCGCAUCUCGCAGUGCAACUCGAGCGACCAGGCGUCCGUGGCGUCCUACUACUCGACGGAGCUCGUCAACUUCGUGCGGCGGGUCCUGGACGUGAUCCCCGUCUCCGUCUUCGGGCUCCUGGACGACAUCGUCGACAUCCAGACGCGGACCUUAGCUCCUUUACCCGUGAAGCUCGAGACGGCCUACCUCAAGGACUACGCCCAGCUCAACGAGCGCUACCAGCUCGCGCGGCUGACGCACCAGGUGUCCGUCUUCACGGAGGGCGUGCUCGCCAUGGAGCGCACGCUCCUCGGCGUCGUCCGCGUCGAGCCGCGGCGCGUGCUCCACGACGGCCUCCGCAAGGAGCUCGUGCGCCAGCUGAGCCGCACGCUCCACGAGCAGCUGCGGUUCCCCGUGCCCAAGAAGGACCAGGACCGGAAGAAGUUCGUCGGCGCGGCGCUCGCGCGGCAGGUCCACGAGAUCCUCGCGCACCUCGGCCGCCGCGUCGACGGCUACCGCCGGUCCGUGGAGUACGUCCAGGACUACAUCGACAUCGCGGGCCUCAAGAUGUGGCAGGAGGAGCUCGGGCGCGUCGUCAACUACAACGUCGAGGCCGAGUGCAACCGCUACCUCCGCCGCAAAGUCGCGGACGCGGAGAGCCGGCACCAGUCGUCCGUCGUGCCCGUGCCCCGCUUCGCGCCGCUACCGGACCCGCACGGCGCCGACGACGGCGCGGCGACCUUCAUGGGCCGGACCCUGGCGGCGCUCCUCCGGCUCACGUCGCCGGCGACGACGUCCUACGCGCCGGAGCGCGCCGGCUGGUACUGCGACGCGCACGUUCUCGAGGGCGCGUCGUCGAAGGGCAGGCUGGACCCCGGCGACGCCGAGGCCUGCGGCGUCCACACGUUCCAGAUCGCGGAGCGCGCCCUGGGCGUCUGCGGCCUCGCGGGCCUCGACCGCAUGCUCGCGUUCCGCGUCGUCCACGACCUGUCGAACUUCGUCGACGACUACAAGGCGCUCACCGCGCCGCACGCGCGGUUCCUCGAGAGCCUGCGGGACGCGCUCUUCCCCGAGUGGGCGCCGCCGCGGGGCGGCGGCGGGCCGGGCAAGCUCUACGCGCGCGCGGCGAAGACGCUCGAGGCGGCCAUGCCGCGGCUGUUGCACCGGAUCCUGGCCGUCGGCCACGCGCAGCUCCUGCGCAAGUCGCUGAACCACGCGCUCCUCCUCAAGGCGCGCGUCGACGCCGACUUCCUGCACGCGUCGCUGACGAACGUCGACGGCGCCGUGCUCGGCGACGUGCUGGACCACUACGGCGACCCGGAAACGGUCCCGGACCCCGUGCCGGACGCGAAGGACGGGCGCCGCGUGCUCGCGGACCUGGCGACGCUGCUGGAUGCGUCGGGCGUGUCGGACCCGCUGGCGAAGGUCUACGUGGCCACGGAGCCGCUGGAGCACCUGCCGCUCGUGCUGCUCCUCUUCCUCCUGUCGUACGCGCACAAGCUCGGCCACGACGACCGGCUCCAGUCGCUCGUGAAGCGGAAGCGGUCCUACCCCAUCGACGGCUUCGUCGUCGUCGUCGGCGUCCACACGGUCCUCAAGCAGUGCCACCCGUCCUACUGCAAGCAGCUCCUCGCCUACCUCGGCCAGUUCGUCUGCUCGACGGUCACGGCCCAGUACGCGGACGCGAAGCAGGCCAAGGACGCCGCGCCGCUGGAGCUCGCCAACGCCAUCUGGUUCGUCGACACGCUCUGCAAGGUCGCCGACGUCCCCAAGCCGACGGACUUCAUCCCCGCGGCCAUCCUCGCCAUGGCCUACAAGGCCUAA